GCUGAUCGAAUAGGCCAUUGCCUUAAAAUUUCAACAGCAUUUUAUAUCGUAGCUAUAAAAUUUUUGUGUCUUGCACAAAAUACUUACAAAUAAUACGGUAUUAUUGUUUGCAGCUAAAAAUGAAACUUUGCUGUGUUUUGUUUUCAUUAGCCGUUGUGAAGGUUUUGGCGGAAAAAAUAGUGGAUUAUAAGACGAAGGCUGUCAUUACAAACGAACUACUCAGGCAAGCUUGUGAUAUAACAGCGGGAUUUCCAACUAUAAUAAAAAGAAUUGUACUUGGAAAUCAAUAUUCAAUGGAGGAAUUGGCUUUUAUGUUUGCUGUGCCGGAUUAUGCAGACACUGAAGGCCUUAAUAUAUUUCAAUGCAUGAAAUACGAACGUGAUGUGCAAGAAGCAAUAUUCGAAGGCAUUAAUUCUCUCGAUGAUGAGUACAAGGAAGUGCCUAAGAUUGAUGCUGCUAAGAUCCCAGAUCCUCUAAUCAGGAACGCUAGUUUAAAAGAUAUUGGUUAUAGUAGAAGAUCAAUGACUAAAAUUCAUCUAAAACAUCUAUUGAGCCGUGUCGAAAGAAGAAAGGAAGAAAGUUUUACUGCUGUUCAUGUUUGUUAUUUAAUUGGAUUAUAUAAAAAUUCAACGAUCCCACGAUUUGGAACAUUGCCAUUUAUAAAAACUGCCAAGGUUGACGAUGAUGGCACUUGCAUCCUAACUUCUUCAGAAGACGAUGUUACUUAUUACAAACACUAUAUGUUUGAUAUAUUUCAAUUUCGGCCGGAUAUCCAAAAAGAGGAAGUACUUUUGAAUCAAGAUUAGGUACUAAUAAUUUCUAUACACUCAUAAUUCAUUAUUAAUAAUUAUUAGAUACAUUUUAAAAUUCUAUUUUAUUAUAUACUGUAUCAAUAAUUUUUUCCAUAUCGCACUAUUACAAAUAGUUAUAUAACAGUUUUGGUCAAUACUUUAAACACAUUUGUUGGCUAUAUGAAUUUUUUGACCAUUUGUAAAUAAUUUCAACGUUUUUACUUUUUUUACUGUUUUGUAUAUUAUAAAAAACUAAAUCACUUUCUUGGUUUGGUCUUUUCUGGUUACUUAUAUUAUUUAUACCUUUUCUUCACUUAGUUAUACAUGUUAAAUAGUUGUUUUAGUUUGAACAUCGCCAUCGCUAUUUACUCAAAGUAUUUAAAUAAUCAUUGUUUUUUUGUGCUUUUCCUCAACGCUUACAAACAAAAAUAUCAUAAUUAUUUAUAACUAUGGUCUAAACGGUGUCUAAAAAGAUUUUAUCGAUGGAAACCAUAACAAUAUAUUUAUUUUCUGUACGGUACAUUCAAUA